GGUUUUUUUCCUUUCCAUUGUGUUCUUUGCUACUGGAUGGGUUUUAUUACUUGAAUAGAUCUAUCGUCGCUACUUUCCAGGAUUAUUUCUCUCAAUCAGGCCACUUUCUUGUCUCUUGUCUCUUGUCUCUUUGUACUAUCUACCUAUCAUAUCAUGUCUGUCCAGCCAAUCUCCUCUGAGCAAGGCUCCGUCUCUGGAGACUCUCUCCAAUCGAACCAGGUCUCGCAGCUGCAGCGCCACGGAUACCUGUUUGGCAAGAAAUUGACUGCCUCGCUGUCGCCGUUUCUUCAUAAUGUUAUUUAUCAAGAUCUUGGGUUGAAGUGGGGUCAGGUUAGACUUGAUUCAGCUGAUAUUCCUGGCUUUUUGGAAUUGGCGCAACAUCCCGACUUUUACGGCGCCUCAGUCACCAUGCCCAACAAGGUCGCCAUCAUCCCAUACCUAGAUGAACUCACAGAAGAAUGUCGCGACGUCGGCGCCUGCAACACCCUCUUCAUCCGUGAGCGUGACGGCCGCCGAAUCUUCUGCGGCGCAAACACAGACGUCAUCGGCAUCCGCGACUCGUUCUACCAAAACAUCGACAACCCCGACGCUGUCUUCCACAACAAGCCCGCCCUCGUAGUUGGCGGUGGCGGCGCCGCUAGAAGCGCUAUCUACGCGCUGCGCAAGUGGAUGAAGGUCAAGACGAUUUACCUCGUUAACCGCGACGACGCAGAAGUCACCGCCGUGAUCGCCGACUGUGCUGAGCGCGGCUACGGCGAGGGUUUACUACACGUCAAGGAUGUGUCACAAGCACAAGGUCUCGAAGCACCUGGUGCGAUCGUAGCGUGCGUACCGGACUUUGAGCCCGAGACAGAAGAGGAGAUUCGCGCGCGCGCAGUGACAGAAGCAUUCUUGGACAAGGAGCAAAAGGGCGCUAUCCUGGAGAUGUGCUACAACCCCACGCCUUUUACGAGAUUAGGUGGCAUUGCGGAGGAUAAAGGGUGGAAGGUCAUCCUGGGAACGGAGGCGUUGAUUUAUCAGGGCCUGGAGCAGGAUAAGUACUGGACGGGCAAGCAGCUGGAGGAGAUGCCGAUUGAAAAGGUGCAUGUUGCUAUUGCGGAGAAGGUUGCGCAGAGGGCGGAGGCGGCAAAGCUGUAAGGGAGGGUUUGUUUUGUUUUAUUGGGCAUAGAUACAUAGCGUGCAUUACAUUAUCGGAGUUUAGAUAAAUGAUUGGACUUUUUGUUAUUUUAUGUUGGCUUUGCCAGUG